AUGAACACGCAGGAAGCGAUUCAAAUUACCAGUGUCUUCCCGAAACGCCGUCAGGAUAUGUUUCGAUGGGACGGUUGGGGCUAUAAGGAUUGUCGAUUUGUGAUGCAGGACGGUGUGGCAACCUUCCAGGGGAUGCGAUAUUCGAUCGGUGGAAAAAAGUUGGGUAAUCUAAUGGUGUGGAUUGAGGAUAUGUUUAAAAUUGAUGGCAUUAAACCUAAGCCGGAUGUGAAGCCCCCCACCGAAUUUCCGGAACCGAUUCGGAGCGAGGCGUUUUUGAAUGAUCUAUCAAAAGCUGCGAUAGACUGGUCCGAGGACGGGAUGGAUCGCGUGAUGCGGUGUCACGGGCAAACCCUGACGGAUGUGGAAAAUUUGCGUAGGCACAAAUUCACGCGACUUCCGGAUUUGAUUAUUUGGCCGGUUUGUCACGAACAGGUGGUAAGCAUUGUGGAACUGGCCACGAUUCAUAAUGUGGCUUUGAUUCCGGUCGGUGGAAACACUGCAGUCUCGUUGUCCUCGACGACGCCGAACAUCACCGAUCGAACGAUUGCCGCCGUGGACAUGACGCAGAUGAACCGCUUGUUGUGGUUGUCCGAGGAAAAUAUGACGGCCUGUUUCGAGACCGGUAUUGUGGGACAGGACAUCGAAAGGGAGCUGAGGAAGCAUGGGUUCACCCUUGGCCAUGAACCAGAUUCGCACGAGUUUUCCACUUUGGGUGGUUGGAUUGCGACCCGAGCUUCUGGCAUGAAAAAAAAUCGCUACGGAAAUAUCGAAGACAUCGUCGUCCGGACUAAGAUGGUAACGGGAAAUGGUCAGCUGGAGAAACAAUUCACGGCUCCUCGUGUUUCGAUUGGACCGGAUUUUGAUCACAUUGUCUUCGGUUCGGAAGGAACGUACGGAAUCGUAACGGAAGCUGUGGUCAAAAUUCACUACGUUCCGGAAGUGCGCCAUUACGGGUCGUUAGUUUUUGCCGAUUUCGAUACCGGAGUUAGUUUCCUACGGGAACUGUCGGAUAAACAACUGCGACCGGCCAGCAUCCGGUUGAUCGACAACGUUCAGUUCAAGUGUGGAAUGUUGCUUGAUCCGACCGGCCAGUGGUACAGUGGAUUGCUGGACAUUGUGAAGCAUUUUUAUCUGACAUUUUUCUGUGGAUUUCGAAUGGAUCGUGUUGUGGCGGUGACGUUGCUGUUCGAAGGACAGGCACAAACCGUGGAGCACCACGAACAGGAAGUGUAUGUCGUUGCGAAGAAAUAUGGUGGAAUCAAGGGUGGUGAACAUAAUGGCCGAAAAGGAUACUUGCUGACAUUCCUAGCUGGUUACAUGAGGGAUUUCGCCUGGGACAUCAACAUCGUCGGCGAAUCGUUCGAGACAUCCACUUCUUGGAGCAGAUGCUGUUCUCUGACUGCCAAUGUGAAGGCAUGCAUAGCGCGGGAGUGCCAAAAACGAGGCAUCCAACACUUUGCAGUAUCGAGCCGUGUAACGCAGAGCUACGACGACGGAUGUUGCGUUUAUUUUUAUCUGUUGUUCAAACAUCCGGACCAAGCGGUCGAUUCGCUGAAGCUGUACCGGGAGAUCGAAGAGGUGGCUCGGGAUGAAAUUUUGGCUUGCGGAGGAACGCUCUCCCACCAUCACGGUGUUGGGAAACUCCGGAAUCGCUGGUACCCGGCUUGCGUCUCCCAGACCGGUGUGGGUUUGUACAAAGCCAUCAAGAAGGAGCUGGAUCCGAAGAAUAUAUUUGCAGCCGGGAACUUGCUACAGCAGGACCAAAAAUUGUUGUUGAACUAUGCCGUCGACUAUUUAGAACAACUAAUCGAAGAAGACGAGGAUGAAGAUUUUAUGCGAGAUAUUGAUUGCAUUUACAUUGAACCUCCCGAAAAUGACGGCAAUAUUAGUGGUGAAGACGAAGCCAAUGAAAAUGAAGGAGGUACAAUCGAUGCAUUGUCACGCAAUCAGUUGAAUCCCUGUGUAAACUGCAGUUGCAACGAACGACGUCCACCAGGAAAGUUCCUGACCGGCUGA